AUGGCUUCCUCGACUCCAGCCGCUGCGAGCGACAGAAGCCAAACCGAGUCGACAAUACACAAGAUACCCGACAUCCUUCCUCGCGAGCGAGUGUUUCCGAUACAGAUUGGCGGCGAGCUGUUCAAGCUCUCUGGCGCGUCCAUCUCGUCCGACGCGCCGUCAUACUUUUCGCAAUACUUUUUAUGCCAAAUAAAAAAGGCAGAAAGAGAUGGCGAAGACAUUUCCUCGGGCAUCCGCACGCUGUACAUCGAUCGCGACCCCGUCACCUUUGGCGACAUAGCGCUGCACUUGCAAGGCUACCAUAUCCAGCCGCGCGACGGCACCCAUUUUGUCCGCCUCUUUUCUGACGCGCAAUUCUACAACUUGCCCAGGCUCAUGUCCCAGUUAUACGAGGAGAGCAUCUUUAUUUCCAUCGGCCAUCGCGAAUUCCAGAUUCCGCGCGACGUUCUUACCGACCCCGGCAACUCUCCAAAUUACUUUUCGCUAGGCUUUGGGCUCGUGUUUGGUCGACGCGACGAAGCAUAUCCUGGGCUCGACCGCGAAGGGCUGAUUAGGCCGCCGUCCAUUCUCCCGCCAUGCGUCCCAACCCGAAGCGCCGAUACCUUCGCUGAAUUGCUGCGCUUGCUCCAUGGAUAUCCAGUCAACAUCCGAGACGAGACUCAUCGCGAUGAGCUGCUGCGGGACGCCCGAUACUUCCAUUUCAAGGGUCUCGAACAGAAGCUGCUUCCCCACUCCAUCAGCUUCAACUCGCUGAGGCAGCGCAACGAAAUCGUUCUCCGGCUAGAGAAUGUGCAAAAAAGCGGAAUACACAUUGUUCACGACCGACCCGAAGAGGCCAUCGGGGACCACGGCAUGGCCGAAUUCGAGACAACCCUAUCAGGCUGGGUCAACUACGCGCGGCCCUAUGUAGACGACCUUCCUGCAGAGCUUGUUCUUGAGAUUGGAGGGGAAGCAGCGCGCAUUCAUUUUACGGCCGACGGACCGCGGGCAGAAUUCUUUGGCGACACACGCACCAGAGUGGCCAAGCUCUUUGAAGUCAUCGCGACGAAGCUCGGCUUGCCGCCGACGACGCAGCCUUUGGGCUUGCUCAUGGCGUCGGGCGGCGCCCGGUCCAUGCCAGCUGUGCCGGGCAACACACCGCUGAGCGAGGACCUUGUCAUUGUCAAGUUUGGACCGGAGGCUGCGGUGACGCUGGACGGGAAAGACUAUGAAUAUCCUCAACCGCAAUCGGCUGACAACGCAGACUCUGCUGUCGCAAACUCGCGCAAACGCCGGCGCACAGACACGACAUCUUCUGACGAGUCGCCAGAGGUAGAAAACUGGACGAUAAAACGAGGGCAGUGGAGGCUGCGUAUUCAGCGCGGCACGCAUGGAAAGAGUAACCAUGAGUGCGCCAUGGAGGUGGUGUGUCUGGAUGCCCUCAGCUCUGAGUUGGGGCGAAACAAGACGAGGGGCUUUUUGAGGAAUUAA